AUGCCUUCUGAGGCACUUCAGAAUAAGCUCAAGAAGUUGUCUGUCGGCUGUAUAUCUCUUGAGGUUUUUUAUUUCUCAGAUGAGAAGAAUCUUUUUUGUUAUGAUGAUGGCACAUCAGAAGUAAAGAAGACUUUAACGAGAAUCUUGAAUCAUCAGAGUAAAAUUCCUAAAACCGACACUCAAUGCCGCUCAUUUUACUUAGAAGACGUCAGGAAAUCAGAUCUUCAGAAGUACUUUUCAAUUUAUCUACUGGCAAUUAGCAAAGAAGAGACCAAUCUUUUUAACACACUAUGGUUUUAUGAUAAAAGAUGCAGCCUUAUAUCAUCCAAAACAAACUCAUCAUCUGUCAAUGUUUUAUUACUUAUGCUUAUCAUGCUAGACAUAGCUAUUUAUUUAUCCAUGAUUGCGAUGAACACAUCAAUAGACCCAAAGAUAACUUCCAACUGCUUCAAGCUCUUUCCAUCUAACAUUUUUAUGCAUAAGGCAGCAGGGAAAGCUCACGUGGACUUAUGCACUAGUCACCAAAUCAAAUCGAAUGAAAUGUCGUUGAGGAAAAAUAAGGCAAUCGAGAAAUUGAAAAAGCAAGCAGGAAACAUAGUGCUAAUUGCUAUUUAUAAUGACAACGACGAGAUUUUUAUGACUUGUAAGUCUUUUAAAAGCCCGUGGAGUUGUUGUCUGUUCACUCAUGUAGAUAGUCUUUGA